AUGGUAGAGAUGCUGCCAACUGCCAUUCUGCUGGACUUGGCAGUGUCUGUGGUUGCCAAAGAUAACGCUACGUGUGAUGCCCCCUGUGGGAUAAGGUUCAGGCAGAACCCACCUGGAAGUGGCCAUAUCGUCGGAGGGCAGGAUGCAACAAUCAGGGCCUGGCCCUGGAUGGUCAUCCUCCAGGUAUUCAUAUCCUAUAAUAACCGAAGGUACCAUGCUUGCAGAGGGACCUUACUGAAGCCCCACUGGCUGCUUACUGCUGUCCACUGCUUCGUCUCCAAAAAAAAAGUAUAAGACUGGCGACUCAUUUUUGGAGCAAGGGAAAUUAUGUAUGUGAACGAUAAGCCAGCGAAGCUGCCUCAACAGGAGAGAUAUGUCGAGAAAAUCAUCAUUCAUGAGAAAUACAUCCCCAGUUUAGAGCAUAAUGACAUCGCUCUGAUGAAGAUCACCACUCCCGAUCCCUGUGGGCAAUUCAUCGGAACGGGCUGCCAGCCCCAAAUGAGGGCAGGCCCACCUGGAGUUCCCCAGGCCUGCUGGAUGGCUGGCUGGGGAUUCUUGAAAGAGGAAGCCUACAGGAUCGCACCUACACUGCAGGAGGCCCGUGUGAACCUCAUCGACCUCGACUUAUGUAACUCCACCCAGUGGUACAAUGGGUGCAUUUGUCCAACCAAUGUGUGUGCAGGGUACCCUGAAGGCAAGAUCGACACCUGCCAGACUCAUCGGCCAACCUGGGACGACUGCCAACAGUUACUCCGCACCCUGUUUAAUACAGAGGAAAGGAGGAGAAUAAUGAAAGUUGCACGGCAGUACCUGGAAGAUCAUGCACCAGUGGGAGUCAUCGACCCUGGUGCCUGGGCUAACACAGCCGCACCCAAAGAGCCCACAGCAUGGGACUUCACCACACCCGAAGAACAGUCCCACAUCCGCCAGUAUCAGGAGGCCCUCCUCCGGGGAAUCCAGGCAGGAGCUAAGAAACCCAUGAACAUGACUAAGGUAUCCUCGGUCACAACCAGUGCCCUCAAGGUCUCGGGUGUCACCCCGUGGGUCCACCACUCCAGAGUAAAGAAAGCUCAUCAAUUGGACGAGGAGCCGCACCAGUGGAGAGUCCAGACAGACUUCAGGAACCCACUACGGCUUCACCUUCAACGAGACCCCACCGAUUGA